AUGGCAGGAGUAUUGAGGUUUUAUCUUCUCCAAGUGCUUUCCGGUAGGAGGGACUUCUCCAAGAUCCUGGGGGUGUCCCGCGGCGCUUCCAUCAAGGACAUUAAGAAGGCCUACCGUAAACUAGCGCUGCAGCUCCAUCCCGACAGGAACCCCGACGACCCCCGGGCGCAGGAGAAGUUCCAGGACCUGGGAGCUGCCUACGAGGUGCUGUCAGAUGAGGAGAAGAGGAAGCAGUAUGACACGUAUGGUGAGGAGGGAUUGAAGGAUGGGCACCAGAGCUCCCAUGGAGACAUCUUCUCACACUUCUUUGGGGACUUUGGAUUCAUGUUUGGAGGUAACCCUCGCCAGCAAGACAGGAACAUUCCCCGAGGAAGUGACAUCAUCGUGGACCUGGAGGUUACACUGGAGGAGGUGUAUUCAGGAAACUUCGUAGAAGUUGUCAGGAACAAGCCAGUGGCAAGACAGGCGCCUGGCAAACGGAAAUGCAAUUGCCGGCAGGAGAUGAGGACCACCCAGUUGGGUCCUGGACGCUUCCAGAUGACUCAAGAAGUUGUUUGUGAUGAAUGUCCAAAUGUCAAGCUUGUGAAUGAGGAGCGAACACUAGAAGUGGAGAUAGAGCCAGGUGUGAGGGAUGGUAUGGAGUAUCCCUUCAUUGGUGAAGGUGAACCCCAUGUGGAUGGAGAGCCAGGUGAUUUGCGCUUCCGAAUAAAAGUUCUUAAGCAUCCAGUCUUUGAAAGAAGAGGAGAUGACUUGUAUACAAAUGUGACAAUCUCGCUGGUCGAGGCACUUACAGGCUUUGAAAUGGAUAUUGCCCACUUGGAUGGGCACAAGGUUCACAUUGCUCGGGAUAAAAUUACGAAACCUGGGGCCAAACUGUGGAAGAAAGGAGAAGGUCUUCCAAAUUUUGAUAACAAUAAUAUCAAAGGCUCACUAAUAAUAACAUUUGAUGUGGAGUUCCCCAAAGAGCAACUGACAAACAAACAGCGGGAAGGUCUCAAACAGUUGUUGAAACAAGGAUCGGUGCAGAAAGUGUACAAUGGAUUGCAGGGAUAUUGAUGUGUGGAAAAAUUUGGACUUAACUGAAAAUGAAGAGUCAGAUUUGUUUGCAGUCUUUUCUCCUGCCCACUAUAGAAUGGAAAAGAGGGAGGGUGGGGCAGUUGUUGAGGUAUAUAUAUGAAUUUUUUUUUUUCUUUGUAAAUGAUGGAAGUGCUCAGACAAGUUGGGGGGAAUACUGCCCUUUUUCAGGACAUAACUGGUGCUGCCUAUCAUGUUCCACGUCCUGGAACAACAAAGAGACUCCUUGAGCAGGAAGAAAAGGUGAGGAAAGGAGUUUUAAAUUCCACGCAGAUUGGAAUUUCUGGUUUUGAAAUAUAUUUUGAUGUGACUUUUCUUGACCAUCUCAA